CUCUCUGACAAGACAGGACACUUCUGUGCAAUGUCUAGGGUUGGAGGAGGCAGAGGAGGAAGCAGGUAUGGGACGGCUUCUGCCUCCAGUGCUCCCUUUUCCUCUAGGGGUUACCUCAAGGAAGACUGUGAAAAAACAGGGGGAGCCGAAAAACCCCAGAAGGUGAUGAUACCUGAAAAGGAGCAAGCAGGCCAAGCAGCAGUCCACCAACAACAGCAAGAGCAGUAUGUCAGCCCGUAUAUCUUGAUAACUCCUAAUGAAACAAGAAGAAACCAGUUGCAGCAAAUUGCUAAGAAAGAGCUAGAUGACCUGGAGAGGUGGAAAGAAGAACACAGGCCAGGGCCAAUUAAGUUGACUCCACAGAGACUGGGUGGAAAAGAAUCAGAGACUCAAGCAAGGCAAAAACAACAGAUGAUGCUCAUGCAAUCUAAAUACCAACAAAAGUACAAGAGAGAAGAAUACAUAAGAACAAAAAAGGCAGCUGAAGAAGCUGAAAUCCUGAAAAAGAAAGUAAUUCAAAGAGAAAAGGCAGAGAGGCUUGAAGCUAAGAAAAGGCAAGGAGAAAUGCAGAGAAGAGAGAUGUACUUUGAAGAUGAAUAUUACAAAACCAAUGAAUUAUUGAACAGAUUGGACUUGGGUUUGCCAAAGAGUGAUUCCUGUCAGAUUGUGAAUCGUGGCCUAGAAUCUACAGCAUGGACUAGAAGCCAUACUUACAAGCAAGCUCUUCGAGACGAUGAAAACAGAAAAUUAGAGGAAAUGAAGCAAGAACAACGGAGGAAGGCUGAGUUAAUGGAAUUUAAGCAAAAGCAGGAAGAGGAAGCCCGAACAAGAGCACACCAAAAUGAACAGAGGAGGGUAAAUAAUGCUUUUCUGGACCGACUACAGAACAAAAUGCAAGCUAAUAGCAUCUAUCAACCUGAAUAUGCUAGGAGUCGGGACUACUUCAGUAACAGCUGAUGGGGGUCAAACUAUCUGGAAUAAAGGAUCGGUGUUGCUCAAAGCAUAUUGGAGGAAUAUUCACUUUUAUCCAGCCUUGGCCAAAUGACCUUGUAAAAGCUUCAAGAAAGUGCUCUUUUAUCAUGGCUUUUAUUUUAUUUUAUUUUUUUCUUCUUACCCUGACUUCAACUUCACACCCACUUCAUGAGCAAUCUGCAGAGACUGGUUUCUAGCUGUCAUUAUUCACGCAUAUUUGAAGAAGCUGAUUAUGAAAGUCCUAUUUAAUUUUUAAUAAGUGAAUGUGUCAUUUUUUCAUAAAUUGUUUUGCCUCUUACAGAAUGCAAUUAUCCCAGUUAUUGGGAUCUCAGAAAAAGAAGAUGUUAGGGCUUACAGAAGCUGCAGGAAUAACAAUGUGUAUGUUUUGUUCUGUACCCAGGCAAAAACUUCUCAGGGACCUGAACUGAAGUAGCUGAUGAGUGGGGGGAGGGAGGGCGGAGGGUUGUUUUUAUUCAUGUUGUUGUUUAUUAACUAUUAUAUUUAACAGCAAAGGCUCGAGAAGAAGCAAGUGUAUAUAUUGUAGAUUGAAUCUUUCGAAUGUUUUUUAAAAAGUACAACACCCAUGAGAAAU